CGGACAGUCAGUUGUAACUUCAGUGGUGCGAGCAAGGAAGUCUCAGAGCGGAGCAGUCCCUGAAGGAUCUGUGCUUGUUUUUUGUUUUUUUGACAUUUUGAAGAUCUGUCCUCAACCUCCGUGGAUUAUCAUCAGUACCAGGAUGAAAGUGCUUUCCCUCGCCCUGCUGUACUUGGGCUCCGUCUCCUUUCUCGGAGUGGAAGCUGCCAAGCUGGACCUGGCGUCAGACUUCAAGAGAAAGUGGACCCAAUGGGAGCAGAGGCGAGCCCGGCGGGACCUCGCCUUCGCCGCCGCGACGCUGACCGCGGCAGGAGCGGCUGAUGCAAGCUUGUUGUCUCUCAUCCGCACCCAGGACGUGAAAGGCGAGCCCGGAAUGUCGCAGCCCAGCAGUCCCGAGGAGCGCCAUAUCCGCGUGAAGCGGUACCGCCAGAACACCAACACCUUCAGCCUGCGCUUGGGCUGCCGCCUGGGGACGUGCAACACGCAGAACCUGGCGCACAUGAUCUACCACCUGACGGACAAGGACAAAGACAGCACCCCUCCGGCCAACAAACUCAGCGCUCUGAACGGGUUUACCUUCUUUGCCCCUGUGAUUUCAUUACCAGAGAAUGUGAAAGCUCAGAACAAUGAGAUUUCUGGCCCAGUUGGACAUAGCUGA